AUGGCCGAUAGUGAUAGUAGUACUAAUAAUGACACUUCUAAUAAUGAGUACGAUGAUGCUGCCAAUGAUUCUUCUUCUGAUUUGCAAUAUUUUACCUUUAAGCAUAAUAAUCAUGGAGAGACAAGAAUUAAUUACACAAUAGAUUAUGAAGAUUUAUUUAUGAUUGAAGAACAAGAUUAUAUCACAGAUUAUGUCACAGAUUCUGAAGAUUUAGUUAUGACAGAUUAUGCCACAGAUUCUAAAUAUGAAGAAAGUGCAAAAUCUACUUACAAACGAAAUGAAAAAUAUAGGGCAGAAUUACCAGGAUUUGAUCAAAUGGAAAAUGUUAAUGAGCUUCAUAGAAGUUAUGCUAUAUUGCCAUAUGAAAUACAGCAAGGCACUAUUAGUGGUCGUAUUUGGCAUUUGUUAACUUUAAAAGAGUUAAAAAUUUGGAUUGCAAUAGUCAUUUAUAUGGGUGUUCACAAAAUUUAUCAUAUAGAUAAUUUGUGGAAUUCAGAUGAACAAGAAGCUAUUUAUAUAGAGCCACUAGUAUCACAUUUUCGAGAUACAUUUAAAAAGUUAUAUAUACCUAGUUUACAAGUUUCUGUAGAUAAAAUAAUAGUUCAUAUUUUUGGUCAAAGCAUACAUACUGUAAAAAUGAAAAACAAGCCAAUAUCUAAAGGCAACAAAAUAUAUUCUCUAUGUGAUGCUGGAUAUAUAUAUAUAUUUAUGUUUAGUUUUCGAGUUGAAGAUAAUAAGGAGUUAGAGUUAAUCACUAAUAUUAAUAAAGCUGGAUGCAUAGUAUAUCAUUUAGCAAACCAGCUUCCUCAGGAAAAAACAUUUCAUAUUUAUAUGGAUAACUAUUUUUCAAGUAUUUCUCUUUUUAAAUAUUUACAUGAAAAUAAUCUAGGUGCAUGUGGAACUGUUCGAACUAAUUCAUCAAAAUUUUCUAGAGAGUUAAAAAUUAAUAAUGCUUACUUAUUAGAUUGA